UUCGUUUCACCCUCCUCCUUCCUCCUUUUCUUUAAUCGUCAAAGUCGCAGCCCGACGCUACGACGGCGAUUUCUUUCGACUGAAGCCCCCGCCGUCCACCGCCUCGGAAAACUGGAAUCUCCGCCGCGAGUCUAAAGCGAAGAAAUUUUCUCCUAAAUUACUGUGAGUACGUUUCUUUCGUUGAAGCUCAGUGGCCAAUUCGCUACUCAUCCUCAUCCUGCAAUUUUUCGGAUGAGUGACUGCUGUUAGUUGCUUUUGCACCGUUAGGGUUUUCUUGUUUGUGGUCAUGAGAUGAUUUAUAGAUAAUGGCGGCUGGAUAAUUAGUAUAGUGUGAUGCGUUUUGGUCGCAAAAUGGUAUCUUUAUACUGAAGGCUGAAGUUGGUUUGGUUUGAACUUUCCAGCCGGAGAACUGGGUGAAGCCUGCCAUGGCUGGACCAGCAUUAUCAUCAUCAAAAGCAUUAUGUAUUAAUGAGCUUCUUGUGCCUCACCAUCUACUGGAAGAGGUUCUGGUUCGGAUUCCUUUGAGGGAUGUGUUUCGAUGUAUGUCUGUUUGCAAGCUCUGGCUCGCCUGUAUUCAAGACAGUCCAUAUUUCAUAACACGGUUCAUUCGCCGAAGGAUCGAGACAGAAGAGGCAUACAGUCAGCACCUGCUGUACAAGCAGUGUCUUUCCACAGGAUUUCAUCUGGUUGCAACACCCAUCUACUGCAACGUCGUCGAUGAUGGUUCAGACUUAUCUCUGAAUUUCCUCCCACUCCUAGCCGAGGAGGGUGAUAAUGGCUGGUUGCGGGGAUCAUCCAAUGGCUUGCUCUUAUGCUCCUCUUUCGGAAGAAGGCCUUGCAUAUAUUACAUUUGUAACCCGCUCACCAAGCAGUGGCUUACCCUUCCGCCGUCCCCUUAUGGUCACCAAGACAGGUUUCGUGUCGGCCUUGUCUGUGAACCAUUCUACCACGUCAAAGAUGAGGCCGGCAACUUGAUCUCUUUGAACGAUAAAGUUGGUUACAAGGUGGUACGUUGGGGAUGCAUUACUGCUGAGUAUGGGGCUGACAUUGAUGGAGAUUAUGGUGACGUGAUACAUUUCGAGAUAUUCUCAUCAGACACAGCAUGCUGGACUACAUAUAAGUCACGUUUUCGAGAGAGAGAUUUUCCCAAGGCUAUGUCAGGAUCUCCGAUCUUCGUUUCCCACGAUAGGAUGAUCUAUUGGUUGCUUGAAGGUUCUGAAAUCUUGGUUUUCAAUCCCUACAGUGAGGAGCCUUUUCAUCUGAGCCGCCUUGCUCUUCCUUCAAAUGCAUUGUUGGCCCCUUUUAAGGGGUUUAACGAAUGCCAAGGCUCACUCUGGGUAGGACAAAGUUUGGGAGCACAAGUGAGAGUUUACAUGCUAGUAGAUGGUGAAUGGUGUCUUAGGCAUGAUGUUAACUUCCUCGCCGAGAUGCAUUGGAGCUCGAGUUCUGUGAAGGACGUCUUAAGGCUUCGUCCGGACAUGUUCAACUUCCAUGCUAUGCAUCCCAGUGAUCCCACGGUGGGGUAUUUGUCUGCGAGCAACCGUGAUUCCAAUAUCAUAUUCCUGGAGUGCGACUUUGCAGGCAGAACACUGAAAGUGGUAGCCGGGGAUCUGGAUGGUAAUGAGCAGUGUGACAAUUUGUUGUAUGUGCUGCCAUUUUCUUUUCCACUUUGGCCAACCCCUCUUCCUGCUCUCCCUAUUGCUUAAGUAGGUUAUGGUAUGCCCUUAAUAGUUGUGUUUGUAGUCGAUGGUGAAUUGUAUAUUUGGUUGGAUGUAUUGGUAAAUGGUUAUUUGUAUUUUAGUGCGUUUGGAAUCUGAUAAAACGCAUGAAAAUAU